CGGGCCGGUGGGCAAAUUUCCGUACAUUAGAGCUGAGCACGGGAUUCAUCGGGUUGCAUCGGGGUUUGAUAGUCACCCGUACAGGAAGUGAGUGCCCGCAGUGGAGCGAGAUCCGAUACGAGAUUCGAUCACCCGGAAAGGCCGCUUAUUCGGCCGCACGGUAGCACGCCUCAGCUUAGGCACUGUUGCAUCGUUCAGCAAAUUAAUGUGCCGGAGUUGCAUCGUUCACCAAGCAUUUUGCAUUGUGCCGUUGGGGAGGUAAGCAUAAAGCCACCAGGAAACAACAAAACACCUCACUGGAGAGGCGGAAACUAUGGCCACGCGAAUAUUCAACAUCGUCGUCGUCGGGGAUGGUGCCGUGGGCAAGACCUGCCUGCUGCACGCCUACACGGACAAGUCGUUCAAAAACUUCUACGAACCCACGAUAUAUGAUAAGGAAUCAAUUGAAAUGAUACUCGACGGGCAGAAAUACACCAUCCAGCUGCAUGAUACGGCUGGCCAGGAAGAGUACGACAAAAUCAGACAACAGUUUUACAAGCGGGCCGAUUGUUUCCUCCUGUGCUACAGCAUCGACAAUUCGGUUUCGUUCGAAAACGCGGCAACGAAAUGGAUUCCCGAAAUCAAAACCAACCCACCCAUACCUAUCGUGCUCGUCGGCACCAAACUGGACAAGCGGAAGGGCAAAAACGACGAGGUCACUACGAAUGAGGGUGAGAAGCUGAGGCGAACGAUUAACGCAAACUCGUUCGUGGAGUGCUCCGCGAAGGCAAACAUCAACGUUGAGCUCGCCAUCGAGGAAGGCGUGCGGGCCUGUCUGAUGGGUGUACCGAUACCGGAACCAGAGGAUAACUGUGCCUGUUGCGGUUGCGUUACCUCGUAACCGGCGGAAUAUGGGGAAAUUGUCCUCUCGUCGCUUCUCUCACGUUAGGGUUAAUGAACGCUUGACCACCACAUCCACCGACGACAACGACGACGACGACGACGACGAUGGCGGAGAUGGAAAACUCGACACGAGACGCUUUGUUUUAGUUUGGAGGAAGUUUAAUUGAAUUUAUUUCCUAAACUAGCGAAGAGUCUGAAGUAUGUACACACCGCUGCUGCUUAUGAUUUCAGUACGUUUACAUAGUUGCCCUGCCGCAAUCUCCUUCGAACAAAUGAGCACACGGUCACGAGAUGACAUUUUGGCGCCGCCGUCGUUAGCUCCCGCAAUUAACAGUAUUCCAGGAUCAAACUCAAACACCAACAACUUCUUAACGCUAGCGGAGAAACGCAAGCGAAGCCCCCGAAGGGAGAAGAACACUUCACUCCCCGUGAAAAACUAUAACUAGGACACACCAACGCAAAAAAUAAAAAGAAUUUCUCGCCGUAAAUGUUUGCCACAGCAACCAAGUACGUAAAAAAAGAAACUGUCAGAAACGUCCAAUAGAUAAAUCGGAAGGAAUAGGCUUACAUAUUAGAGGAGAAAAAUAGAAAACCGUUUGUGGUAAUUAGGUAAGUUUGUCAAUUCGUUUUCGUCGAAUUACAUUUCCGAAAGAAAUCCAAUGGUUUAAACACGCACUCAAGAAAAAAAAAGAAAACUUAAAUUAAUCCAUGCUACAUUGAGCUGAUAGUAACGAAAUGCCUAACGGAAAUU